AGGCCCCUUCCCACCUGGCUACCCUGUGGUCCUGGUUAGCUUCUGCCUGCAGAGCUGUCCCCGUGGAAGUUUCUGAGCCCCUUUAUUUAGGGCUUCGCCCAGUCUGGCCGUGCAGGGUUAUUUAUCGUACGUGGAGGAAUAUAGCAAGCACUUAAGGCGAUCUUAAGAAGCUCUCAAAUGGCAAAGUUUUGUUUAAUUUUGCAGUUAGAGUUGAAAGAACUGCUCUUCAUCCUGAGGUCCUGAUCUACAUCGUGAUUUUGCAGUUGCCUGUGACAGCACCUGUUGAGUAAACUGAGACGGGAGCACCUUGUAUCAGCUGUUGUACCUGUACCUGCCACAAUGAGACGUUGCAUAAGGUCGUUGUGGAUCCCUGUGUGAUUGAUCCAUGUUGUCAAACUCUCCCUUGUAACCCUCAGAGGCCGCCAAAAUGAAGUUGAAGCAUAACAUCAACCCCAUUCUUCUGCAGUUUAUAAACUUUAUAGUCUUGGUGUACUCAGUUGUAACGUACAUUCCAUGGUACAUAUUUUCAGGAUCAAGGCAGGCUAUAGCAAAAGCCAAGCAGGUUAAAGCUAAACCUGUGAAUAACAAACCUGGGGGUGCGUACAGGUCUGUUAACAGUCUGCAUUGCUUAGCUUCGGUUUUAUAUCCUGGGUGUGAUACACUCGACAAAGUUUUUAAGUAUGCUAAAACGAAAUUUAAGGACAAAAAGCUCUUGGGGACUCGUGAAAUCCUGAAAGAGGAAGACGAAAUCCAACCUUCAGGAAAGGUUUUUAAAAAGGUCAUCCUUGGCAAAUACACCUGGCUUUCGUAUGAAGAUGUAUACGUUAAAGCUGUUAAUUUUGGAAAUGGCUUAGCAGUGUUGGGUCAGCAACCAAAGACCAACAUUGCUAUCUUCUGUGAGACCAGAGCUGAGUGGAUGAUUGCAGCACAAGCCUGCUUCAUGUGCAACUACCAGCUUGUUACUCUGUACGCUACUCUGGGAGGCGCAGCAAUAGUACAUGGGCUCAAUGAAACGGAGGUGACCACCAUCAUUACGAGUAAAGAAUUGAUGCAAACAAAAUUGAAGGAAAUUGUUUCUCAAGUUCCACUGCUGCGACACAUUAUUACAGUGGAUGGCAAACCAACAACAUGGUCAGAGUUUCCCAAGGGUGUCAUUGUUCACACUAUGGCUUCCGUGCAAGCCAUGGGUGCCAAGGCAGAUGCUGGGAACAAACAGCAGGCCAGGCCUGUGCCCUCAGAUAUUGCAGUGAUCAUGUACACAAGUGGAUCCACAGGAAUUCCCAAAGGAGUUAUGAUCUCCCAUUGCAACAUAAUUGCUGGUAUAACUGGAAUGGCUGAAAGGAUCCCAAAUCUGGGGGAAAAAGACAUCUAUAUUGGCUAUUUGCCUCUUGCCCAUGUUCUGGAACUGAGUGCUGAACUCGUGUGUCUGUCUCACGGAUGCCGCAUUGGUUACUCUUCACCGCAGACACUAGCCGACCAGUCCUCUAAAAUAAAGAAAGGAAGCAAAGGUGAUGUUACUGCACUUAAACCAACACUAAUGGCAGCUGUUCCUGAAAUUAUGGAUCGGAUCUACAAAAAUGUCAUGAAUAAAGUGAAUGAAAUGACAAGUUUCCAGCGGAAUCUAUUUAUACUGGCCUACAAUUACAAAAUGGAACAGAUUUCCAAAGGUUACACUACCCCGCUUUGUGAUAGCCUUAUUUUCCGGAAAGUACGAAUGCUACUAGGUGGAAAAAUUCGCAUCCUGCUUUGUGGAGGAGCUCCACUCUCUGCAGCAACCCAGCGAUUUAUGAACAUUUGUUUCUGUUGCCCUGUAGGACAGGGGUAUGGACUAACUGAAUCAGCUGGAGCUGGAACCAUCACUGAAGUUUGGGAUUACACUACAGGAAGAGUGGGAGCACCUUUGGUCUGCUGUGAAAUCAAACUAAUGAACUGGGAAGAAGGUGGAUAUUACAACACUGAUAAACCAUAUCCUAGAGGUGAGAUUCUUAUCGGGGGUCAAAAUGUGACUGUGGGCUACUAUAAAAAUGAAGGACGAACCAAAAAAGAUUUCACUAUUGAUGAGAAUGGGCAGAGGUGGCUUCAUACUGGAGACAUCGGAGAGUUUCAUGAAGAUGGAUGUCUAAAAAUAAUUGAUCGUAAAAAAGACCUUGUAAAACUUCAGGCAGGAGAAUAUGUCUCUCUUGGCAAAGUAGAAGCAGCCCUAAAGAAUCUUCCACUGGUAGAUAAUAUUUGUGCAUAUGCAAGCAGUUUCCAUUCUUAUGUCAUUGGAUUUGUUGUGCCAAAUCAAAAGGAGCUUGUAGAACUAGCUCGAAAGAAAGGAUUUAAAGGAACCUGGGAAGAGAUCUGUAACAGUCCCGAGAUGGAGAAGGAGGUACUGAAGGUGCUAGCUGAGGCUGCCAUGGCAGCCAACCUGGAGAAGUUUGAAAUACCAGUAAAAAUCCGUUUGAGCCCUGACCCUUGGACACCCGAGACUGGCCUAGUGACAGACGCGUUCAAACUAAAACGCAAAGAGCUUACGGCGUACUAUCAACAGGACAUUGAUCGAAUGUAUGGAAAAAAUGUAAAAUAAUUCCUUUUUCUGCACCACUUUGCUACGGUGAGCUUGGAUCAAAUAGGAAAUACUUGAAUCGCCUGUCUCAGCACUUGAGAUCAACACACAAAACCACCAUUCCUCAUUUGCAGCAUAAACUGUUAUUUCUGAUAACAUCACCCUGAUGGCCGGCAAGUUUAGUAAAAUGUUACGGCAGCAAACUUGUGUCUGUCUCCUUUUUUUUCCCAGUUUUCUCUGCUACCUUGUCAGUCUGUGGAUUUUCCUGACUCUUUUUUGGGAAACCAUGAUUCUGAAGCCUCAAGUUUUUAAACAUUUAUAAAUCCUGUAUAAUGUUUUAUUUGUAUCUUUAACAUUUGGAUGUAUAUAGAGAGAACUUGGCUAUAUAAGAAAUGGUAAUGCUGGGGGCCUUUUUUACCUAAUUAUUUAAAUAUAAGGAGGUAUUCGUGUUGUGACAUUAUGUAAAUUAAAAAUGCUUAUAAUGAGAUCACUGUUGAACAGGGGACCAGGUUCUGUGCUGCUGUGCUGUUUUUCUGUGUAAAUCUGAGGGAGAAAACGUUUGACGCUAUAGCUUGUGUAAUACACCUUUAAUACGUGCCUAAUGGUUACUCUUAUUUUUACCUGUAAAUGAAAAGGUGGUCAUGGCACAGCUGUCUAUAAAGGCGGGUACUCUUGCAGGUGUUAGUUAAAUCUUUAUUGAUACAAAAGAUGAUAUUAACACAGCAGGAAUUACACCUAAGAAUUUCUCAAAUACAGAAACUCCUUUUUGAAAUAGCGCGUGAGCGUUCCGUACAGUAGCUGAAUUGCAUGGAGCUAGUAAGAGUUCAGAGGUAAUCUCAUUUAGCGCUUUGUAACUUUGACUUUUUAGCAGAGGGACUGUAACAAACCCUGUUCUGUUUUGUUAUCUUGUUAGAUUUGGGCAACACACUGGGUUUGCUCUUCUGUUGUUUGUGAAACUCUGAUAAGAACCCUCUUCUGAGCUAGCUGCAACCCAGUCUUACCGGGGGGAUUUUUAAAGUCAUAAUGACAGUUACGUCCUCAGCUCACACAGUGCCUAGCUGCCCUUUGUGCCAUUAAAAAUCUCCCUGCUAAUUCUGUGUUUUUAUUUAGCGUUUUUGUUUUCCUUUUAAAAACAGGCAUUUGAAGUAUUUGUCAGCCAGCGUCAUGUUUGUUAGUUGCUUAAUCAUUACACCCCAUUUCUUGCUCUGGGAAGGUCACAGCUCUGUUUUACUGCAGAUACGUGAAUAUUGUUUGAAGCGUUAUAGGGGAUCUUUCUGUCUUAAGUGAGAACAUUUUAGAUUUGUUUCAGAUGUGAAUUUUAUUUUCAAAAUACUUCUAGAAAGACUGUUUUAGUCAGGGUUACAUGAGAAUGUGAUAAAGCAUACGUCUGUUGACUUUGUGAUGGGGCAAAUAUUCAAACAGUUUAAUAACAAUAAGUUAAUUCUCAUGUUUAUCGUCUUUAAGUAAAGGUCUUGAUGCUUACUACCGCUGUACGGUAGCAUACAGCAAUUCCGAACAGCACGAGCGUUAUCUGGCAGAGGGAAUUCCUGCUGCUAGCAUUUGUGAGGCUUUGAUACAGCAAUUGUGGAAAAUGUUUGAUAUGCAAAUUCUUACUAAAAAGCAUUCUGAAAUACAUUAUUUAAAGUAACACUUUCCAUUGACUACAGAAAACAGUUCCAUAGCAGGUCAGUGUUACUAAGUAGUGACUCCAGUUCUGGUAAAAUGAUGGGGAUUUGCUGUAUUUUGUGUUAGGUUAUCAUCGCUCCUGCUAUGCAUGGAUUUCCUCUGCUGCUGCCUGUCAAAAAUUGUUACGUUUGGUAAAUUCUGGUGUAACAGGUCAAAUGGAAAUGCAGUUGUAAUUUAUUUUUGGUUGUAUUUAGAGCAUUAAUGCCUUCAGCUGGAAAGGGUGGAAAACAAAGCACCAGAAAGUGAGUUGCCAAGUCUGUAGGGAAGUGUCACAUCGUAUGUUAGGUUCUCAUCGUAUCUGUGCUCCAUCAGCAGGUUCCUGAAUGGUUUGUGCUCAGCACAGGAUGUAUGUUGAUCAAACGGUUUUGGUUUUAGUGCAAACGAAUAAAUUGCUGAAGUGCUGUGUAUGUCACGCGGUGCAUUGCGCAGCAGAUUUAAGAAAAAACAAAUCUGCCUUUGGCAAAUACAGGAGGAAUUUGAAAUUAGUAUCUCAUUCUGCUAAGGGUCUAAACGCACUUUCGAGUAAAUCGGAAAUGAAACUCAAAUGGUUUGGAAAUAGUUUGUUGUUGUUUGUUUGUUUGCUUGUUUUUGUUUUUUCUAAUCCAAUCUCAAGAUUGGGUUGCAGUCUAACAGUGCAUUUGAUCUUUCAGUCCAUUUUAUAUUUAAAAUUGGUGUCAAUAUAUGUAGUUCCUUAGACAUCAGAUUUGUGGUGAACCUUUAUUUCUUCUACAGAAUGUGAAAAUAAAGCGGUUCAUUCAUUUUAGCUCCAGCGUAGAAGAUUAGAAGGAUUUUUUAAAAUAGUUGUGUGGGCUUAAUCUUUUGUGAUGAGUGUGUUUUCCUUUCAAGUUAGAACAAAACAGGGAAUUUAAUACUUCUAUGUUCUGCAUUCCUCCAGGUCCCACUGAGGCCACCUGUCCUGUGGGUGUCCGUGCUUCUCAGUGUUACCUGGCCAGGGCUGUGGUGGCACUGGACUGUAAGUCACUGCUGAUUUUCAGGUGCUGGGCUUCCUUGUUCCUGCAGUCUCAGUCCUGUAGCCUGCCAUGGCAGCCAAAAUGCCCAGCAGGCACCACGUUGUUACCCUGUGCUCUGACAUUGCUGAGCACAAAGGCGGCUUCCGGGGAGUUUGAAUUCCUGGUGGUACCAGCAGAGACCCACUGCUCACCAGCCAACAAUUUGCCUGGUUAUCUUUCCUUUUUCUCAGUGUUUUUGUCUUUCCAUGCCCAGUGUAACAGGAACAACGUCAAAGCCACCCGAUGGAACGUGUUGCACGUGUCCCCUGGCACAUGCAGACCGCCGUAGCGUAAGUUCUGCAAAGUGCAUGGUUAGAAGUAGCAGCCCCCAUCACAAGGGGGAUUUUGUAGUGAGAAGAGCUGUAACUUUUGAACAAUCUUUUUGAGCUCAAAAUAAGAACAAGGGUUAUAUACCUCAUCUGAGGGGCCCCCAAAGGGGUGGGGGGAUUUCUACUAAAACUUUUGUAAAUAUAAGACUUGCAGGAUUCUGAAUUGGGAAUUGUAACUACUUUUCCUGUUGUGAAAAUGUAUGUAGUAUAAAAACACAUUUCAUUAUAACGACCAAGAAAUUCCAGGGAUGCUGUGAAUUCCAAGGAUCUCUUUCGAAUUCCUACAAUUAUCAAAAA